AUGGCUUCCAAGGGCACAUGGCUGCUCCUCCUGCUGAGCUGUGCAGCCAGCACUGAAGUCCUGGGUAACAUCCUCAUGAGACCCAGCUGUGCUACUGGAUGGUUUUACCACAAGUCCAAUUGCUAUGGGUACUUCCGGAAACUGAGGACUUGGUUUGAUGCUGAGCUCGAGUGUCAGUCACAAGGAAACGGAGCCCACCUGGCAUCUAUUCUGAAUUCAAAGGAAGCCAGCAUGAUAGCAAAGUACAUACUUAGUUAUCAAAGAAGCCAGCCCGUAUGGAUUGGCCUGCAUGACCCACAGAAGAGGCAGCAGUGGCAGUGGAUUGAUGGGGCUUCAUAUUUAUACAGAACCUGGUUUGGCAAAUCUGUGGGUGGGAACAAGCAUUGUGCUGAGAUGAGUUCCAGGCAUGGUUUCUUAACUUGGAACAAUAAUGAAUGCAACAAGCGCCAACACUUCCUGUGCAAGUACAGACCAUAG